UGUAUGUAUGUAUGUAUGUAUGUAUGUAUAACAUCCCACUUCAGUAAAACAUCUCUCCACUCUUCCCUCCCAGGUUUCAUCAAGGUCCUCCUGUACAUGGCGUUCAUGACCAUCAUGAUAAAGGUGCACACCUUCCCUCUAUUCGCCAUCCGGCCCAUGUACCUGGCUAUGAGGCAGUUCAAGAAAGCAGUAACAGAUGCCAUAAUGUCACGGCGAGCCAUCCGCAACAUGAAUACACUUUACCCAGAUGCCACUCCUGAAGAUCUGCUGGCUUCAGACAACGUGUGUAUCAUCUGUCGUGAAGAGAUGGUGACUGGAGCCAAGAAACUUCCCUGCAACCAUAUCUUCCACUCUAGUUGCCUUCGCUCCUGGUUCCAGAGACAGCAGACGUGUCCUACAUGUCGUAUGGAUGUCCUCCGGGCCUCUAACCCCAAUCAGCCCCCCACCCCAGCCCCUGCCCAGCCCCCUGCCCCAGCAGCACCCGCCAACGCCCCUGUCCCUGUCCCUGGGAACGUUGGCCCUGGAAUGAUGCCCCACUUCCCCCCAGGGCUGUUUCCUUUCUGGGGCCCCUUCCCUGGAGCGGCUCCCCCUGCUGGUGCUCCUGGUGCCCCAGGGGCCACAGACGCCCCUGGGGCCACAGAGGCGGCUCAGACUCAGGGCGCUGGUACCAGUCAUUCCACAGGGGCCAGUACAGUCGGUGCUGCUCCUGCUCCAGGAGGCCCUAUGCCUGGGUUCCCCUUCCCCUCCUUCCCACCCCCACCGUUCCCCUCAGCUCCGUGGCUGACUAUGCCACCACCUCCACCGUUUGUGUCAUCCAUGCCCCCUCCUCCCCCGGCCCUGUCCACCAUGUCAGAGGCUGAGCUGAGGGAGCUGGAGCAGGAGGGCCGUAGAGGCCUGGAGGCCAGACUGCAGUGUCUCCACAACAUCCACACUCUACUGGACGCUGCCAUGCUCAACAUCCACCACUACCUCACUACCGUCGCCACGCUCACUCCUCCUCAGUCAGAAACCAGCAGCGCUGCUGGAGAGGCCAGCGGAUCAUCUCCUCCCUCCACUAGUGCAGAAACCCAGGAGAACCAGGAGAAUGACUCUCAGAGCAGUACAGCCGCUGAACCUGAAGCUGUGAAUGGGGCCACAGGUUUCUCCCAGCCAGACUCUACCACGUUGGGCGACAGUGAAGACCAGCGGGAUGAAGAGGAAGGAGAUGGAGAGGAAGUCGGCGAAGACGGAGAGCCCAACCCUUCAGAGCUGAGGCGCCGUCGUCUCCGCAAACUCGAGACCACACCCCCUCCUCCUGACCACUGAUACAUGCCUACUGAUGCAUUCUGGGAACUGACUUAUCAAUCAAUACAUUAUUGAUUACCAAUCAAUAAUAAGAGAUGUAUUUUAUUUUUUCUCUUUUUCCCCUCCUGGCUCUGCGUUUUGUGCUGUUUAAACUCAGACAGACAAGAGAGAGGAAGAAGGAACAACCGUUUUGUUGUUGGAACAUAUUAAAAGCAAGAUUCUUUUCUUUUUCAACUGCCUGACAUCUUACGAUCCAUAUGCAGGUGUUUUGUUUCAACACUCUUCACCCAAUACUGAGGAGUGAUAUUCAAACACACAGACCGAACUUCUUCAAAUGCAGACCGGACUUCUUCAAAUACAGACCUGACCGGAGACCGGACUUCUUCAAAUGCAGACCUGACCGGAGACCGGACUUCUUCAAAUACAGACCUGACCGGAGACCGGACUUCUUCAAAUACAGACCGGACCGGAGACCGGACUUCUUCAAAUACAGACCUGACCGGAGACCGGACUUCUUCAAAUACAGACCGGACCGGAGACCGGACUUCUUC